AUGUCGAUCGACCCAAUCAACUUGACCACGCACGACACUUCCACCUGGGAGAACACCAACCAGUGGCAGUGGGAGACGGGCAUCGCCGAUGUCGGCCCCUCAGACAAGGGCUCCAGCAUGAUCACCAUCAUCACCAAGAAGGACGGCAAGAAGAAGGACACGCUGCACUUUGAGACCGACAACCGCGCGGAGCUCCUGACCGACCUCCAGAGAUCGCUGACCGUCGUGCGGGCAGCCGAGAAGCAGGGCAAAUCAGUGGACACGUUGAACUAUCGCCAUUUGGGCCGCGCGGGCUACGUCUACGAGAUGAGUUUGCGUGAGCUGGCCACGGGCAUGUACAAGAGCUACACAGCCAAGAAGCUCAAGCGUGCCGGCAACUGGAUCGACGUCGUGCUGACCGUGUGCAGCUGCUCGGUCGAAGAGCAGGACUCGUCGGCCGUCGGCAACAACCAAUCGCCCAUCAAGGAGACCAAGAUACGUGCCACCUACUUCUUUAAGGACUGUGUCAAGAUCGAGAGUCUAGCAGACAACCCCAAUGCCUAUCUAUUUUACAUGGGCAGCGACAGCGACGCCAGCGACCUCUUUGUCAUCAACGAUCCAAAGUUCAUCGAGAACGUCACCGUCUUCUCCAAGAAGUACGUGGGACACGACAUCAAGGUGACCAAGUCUGCGUCGCCCCUCUCCGACUAUCCCAACCACCGUCUACGUCGUCAUGGUCGUGACGAUGAUGACACUCUCGUAUCCAUCAUCGAUUUCAACGUCAACAAGAUAAGCAACAGACAUCCAAAUCCAGUUUCAAGAUUGUUAACAUUAUCAACAACCAAACUGGUUGAGAGAGAUAUUGCCAACUACUCAAUCAUUACGACCAGACCUUACUCGACUGUAGCCUGUGUAGUCCGAUACGAAUCCGACUCACAGAAGCUGUCUAUCCAGUACAAGGACGGCUUGCUAAAGACCUACACUUCAUCCUCCAGAGAUGCGCUCAUUGCCAGUGUCGUCGACUUUUGUAGAGGCGCCGGUAACAACAAUGCCACCGUAUUCACAUCACAGAUUGUCAGAGGAAUGAAGAUCACUCCACAUCACAUCACUCCACCAGAGGACGUCCAAGAACAAUACAUUAGACUGUUUGAGCAAAAGUCAUUCGACUUUGAGAACUUGAAUGUUUCGCAGAUCACGCUCAGUCUUGAUGGCUUCAUCUCCAACAUCCCUUACUCUGGACUGUCCAACACGUUUGCUGAGAGGAAUGGAAAGGUCGUGUUGAACGCCAUCCAGAAGAUCUUGAGCGGUGUCCGUACGCUAUCGACUAGCGCCGAGGAGAAGACUGAUGUCGAGCUGAUCUCGGUCGUGCUCCAGAUGCUGCGCCGUGUCGUUGCCACCCGUGUCGGCUUCGAGCUGUUCACUCACUUCCCUCACUGCAAGAUCCCCCUGCUAAACCUGCUGCGACGCUCCAUCCAAUGUGUCGAGGACACCAUCGCCUACUAUGGUCUCGAGCUGAUGAUCGCCCUGACUCAGCCCGCAUUCGACGGCGACUACGAGGCCGGCCAAUGCCAGCUCAACAAGCGUGAGCUGUUCCUCAGCUUGGACUUGAACAAGACACUAUUUGAAUUGAUACAGAGACAUUCAUCGGCUGGUACAGGUGCACUGGUGCUCAAUGCUGCCAUUGAGCUGCUGACACUGCUGCUGUGCGAGCCAUACAGCGAGACGACAGACUCGACAAUCUUCCAGGACCUUCUGACCCGUGUGGGCGGCCUGGGUCGCGACCUCUUCAAGCUGUUCAUGCAUCCAUGCCAAUCGAUCUCAAAGAACGCCGGUAUGCUCAUGAACGUCGUGAUCAAUGAGGGUGAGGAGUCGAUGGCCAAGCAGAUGCAGGUCAUCUCGUUGGUUGAGGGCGCUUUGCUGCGUCACCUCCACGAUGCCCUGUUCCUCAAGGUGCAGCCAGGCGUUGUGACACCCGCCAACAUCAGAAACUCCACCAAGAAGGAGAUGUCCAAGCUGCUCGUCAGUCUGUGGACCGCCGAGAACAACAUCUGUCGCCAGCUAUUGGAGCGUCUCUUCCCUCGCGGCCUUGUUCAGUUCCUCGACAGCACAGAGGAGCCACCCAAGCAAGAGGCCCUCGCCAAGCAGGAGACCACUGGUCCCAAGGCCAUCAAGAUGGGCGUCUUUGCCAACUGGCGUAUGAAGAAGAUCAUCAAGACUAGAGAGACCAUGGCCAAGGCUGUCAUCCGUGCCAAGCGCGAGACCAAGCCACUCAAGACCUACAACUGGCCCAUGUUCAUCUACCAGUUUAGCAACGACCACCGCGACGCCAACCUGAUCUGGAACCACACCACACGUGAGGAGCUUCGUGAGUCAAUGGACAACGAGCUUCGUCUCUUCCAGCUCGAGCAGGAGGCGGCUGGCCGUGAGGUCGUCGCCUGGAACGACGAGGACUUUGAAGUACUCUACCCCUCGCUCAAGAAGGAGAUUUGCGUCGGCGGCUACUACAUCUCACUGUUGGUCGAUGGAACCAGCAAGGGCGUUCGUCUCACCAACCCCGGCAACUUCUUCAACGAGUUGUGGCAGAACUUCCUGCUCAACGAGAGCCCCGACCAGAAGUCACUGUGUCUCCGCGCCAUGACCCUGGUGUUCACACACUACAACAGUCACCCAAGCAUGGUGCAUCCAUUCUCCAACCUGUCGCAUUUGAUCGAGUUGCUCGAGAACACAUUCGACGUCAUCCUGCGUGACCGUCUGAUCUUGUUCAUACGCAGUCUGCUGCUGGUCAAGACCAACGCCAAGAUCUUCAUUGACAACAAGGGUAUCUACCGUCUGCUGGAGCUUAUCACUCUGGUGCACACUCAUUACACCUACGGCGAGGAGGGACGUCUGCUCCAGGAGUGGUACUACGCCGUCGAGGCCUCGUCCUCGGGCGACGCAGGUGGCGCCGCCAACACCGCACAGCGCGUCGGCCCCGUCUCUAGGACAGAGCUGCUCGAGCUGUACAACACAAAGAAGAUCAACAAGUCUACGAGAUGCUGGGCACAGGGCAGCGAGAAGUGGAAGCCUCUGCAGGCGAUCCCCGAGCUGAGAUGGACCAUCAUGAACGGCUCCACCCACGGCAACGUCGGUGGCGUCCUGCCAAAGGCCGAGCUGGGCAGCGUCAUCCUUGACGUCAUGAACGCUCUCUGCAGCUUCCGUCCCACAAGACAUCCAACUACAGGAGCCGUCGUUCGUCCAUUGCCACGCGUCAAGCGUAUCAUUUGUGAGCCACUCAACCUGCCACGUGUCGUGCAAGUGUUGCUGGCCGGUCAGGACAUGCUCGUCGAGAAGACCUGUCUGCUGCUCGAGUCCAUCCUGCAGGACAACGCCGUGUUCACCUCGAAGUUCUAUCUCACUGGUGCGUUCUUCUUCAUGAUGCUCUACCCCAACUCCAACAUCAUGCCAAUGGUCAAGCUGCUGCAGAUCAUCCACAACAAGCAGCACCUUAUCACCGAGGAGGCCACACGUCACUCGAUCCUCUACCCUCUGUUGCCCGAGGCGCUCAUCUGCUACCUCGACAACUACACGCCAGAGAACUUUGCCACAAAGUUCCUGAGCGACAACGACGAUCCCGAGACCAUCUGGAACAGCAAGAUGAGGAAGCUGAUGCGCGAGAAGAUCGAGCUCCACUUGGCCAGUCUUCCACAGCGUCUGCACUCCAACACGACCACCAUCUACGAGUACGUGCCCAUCCCCAAGAUUGUAUACGAGGAGCUCGAGGGAGAGCUGUUCUGCCACUCCUUCUACCUGUCUCGUCUGUGCGACACCAAGCGCUUCCCCAACUGGCCCAUCAAGCAGCCACUGGAGCUGUUCAAGAGCGUGCUGUUGGUGUGGGCCGACGAGUCGGUCAAGGCACCCCAGGUCAUGUCCGUCAACGAGGCUCUGGAGAUCCUCCAGCUCAAGCCAAACAAGGACAAGGCCACCGGAGGCAAGGCUCACAACUACAAAGACGAUGAGAUCCGUAAGGCAUACUACAAGCUGGCCGCCAAGUACCAUCCGGACAAGAACCCUGAUGGACGUGACAUGUUUGAGAAGAUCCAACAGGCAUACGAGCUGCUGUCCACCGUCAACAACAUCGACAACGAGCGUGGCAGUGACAAGAAGAUCUCGCUGAUCCUCCUGACCCAGGUCAUCCUGUACACUCGUUUCCUCGAUCAGUUCCGUCCAUUCAAGUACCCUGCAUACACUCAACUGUGGAAGCUGAUCACCGAGCUCAUGAACAACAUGAAGUCAUUCGACAGCACCAACAAGACUCCACUGAUCUCGCCAGCCACCCAUUUGCUCUACCUCACCGUCGAGGCUUCGCCACUCAACUCCGAGGAGAUCACGCGCAACAACGGUGUGCCAAUCAUUGGCAAGUGCUUUGGCAUGGCAACCACGCUCAUCUUUGAGAAGCUGGAGAUGUCCACCCUCAUCAUCCAGACCACGCCAAUCUCGCCAACCUUCUCUGGCAAGCAGAUCAAGGGAGACAUCCCAGAGCCAGUACCCCUCAACAAUGGCAACGGCGGUUCCGACCCCAGCAGGUCGCCCAAGUCCGACGAGGACAGGAAGGCUGCCGCCCAGCAGUCCACCGCGCUCAUCACGAUCCCAACGUCCAAGUUCAACAUCAACGACAACUCGGGCGAGUGCGACGUUCCAGGUGAGGUCGCCGCUUCAUUGCUGCGCACCGUCGGUGUCAUGGCCAAGUUCCCAGGCUCACGUGCUCAAUUGUUUGCCAACAACGCCACGCUCAAGAUCACAGAGAACAUUUGCAAGUGUCUCUACCUGUCCUACAGCCAUCCCCACAUUGUCACAUACGCCCUGGAGGCCAUCUACCAGUACUCUCGCGUGGAUGACGAGCUCCAGGAGUGCAUGAUCGCCGCUGGAGUCGUGUGGCAUUUGCUCAGACUGCUGUUUGGCUACGAUCAUACGUUGGUCAACAGCGGAGUCGAGGUCAACCUGGAUUCCAACCGUAUCAUGAUCUCCAACUUGCACGCCAGAAUGUCGCUACGCGCCCUGCGUCGUUUCGCUGGCAUCAAGAGCGAGGAAGAUAUCGAAGGAUACACCGAGCCCUCUGACAAGCCCGUCGAGGAGAAGAAGCCAGUGAUUGUGCAGCCAUCUGGUCCAAUCGCCAUGCCCGUCGCCGAUCCAAACAUCCUGACCAUCACUGGCCCAGCUGCCCCAACCCCUGCUCCAGCACAGCCAGCCACCUCCCCACAACAGGCACAGCAAGCAUCCCCACCAACUGCCUCGCCAGCAUCGCCAGCCAGCCCACAGUCGACCAGCACAAGCUUGGCCCUCCCAGCAAAGACCAUCCCCAAGCCAUCACAGUUUGCCGCCUCUGCCUCCAAGAAGCCAGCCGUCGACGUGCAGGCUUUCCUCGACACACCAGAGACUGAGGCCAACAAGAAGGUCAAGGCUGUGAUCAACGCAUUCUUGACUCCACACAUUAUUGUCCGUCUAAAGAUGCCAAUUGGAACCAUUCCAAGCAAGCACUACCACAAGUUGCUCACAGAGCUCAACACCAAGCACGAGACUGCUGCCUUUAUCUGGAACAACUCCACUCUGAACGAUCUCAUGGAGUACCUCAACAAGAAGCUGGAGGAGAUGCACAGGAACCCAACAGCCGUCGACCCAUACUCAGUUGUCGGCUUCUCCUACAAGUCGUUGUCCAACGAGCUCAAGGUCGGCGAGUACUACCUGCGUGUGUACAAUGCCUCGCCCUCUGCACCAACCAACUCCACCACACCAAUUGGCGAGCUCUUUGUGCAUCUGGUCGACUUCUUGGCCAACGAGCGCAACACCAACGAGGUGCCAGCGAGAAACCCAGACCAGAAGUUAUGGGACAUCUAUAUAUACAAGAUAUCAAUGGCGUUGGAGGCCCUGCGCAACGUCAUCCAGUACGGCAAGGUGUCGCCCACCAACCUGAACACCAACAACAGAAUGAGAUUGCUGUUCCAAUUCCUGCGCCACGAGGACAACCUCAAGAUCCAGAAGCUGGCCCUCGAGGUCCUGUUGCAAGCAACCACCAACAUGGAGUGCAUCAACAACGUCUCAACUGCCGGCGCCGAGAAGGAAGGCAACCUGCUACCAUACCUGCUGCAGAUGCUCACUAAGCCAAAGGCAGAGACCCUGGAGCUGUUGCUCAAGAUCAUCUACUGUCUGGUCGCAAUGCCCCAGCAUGUCAUCGACACAAUCAACCACUGUGGUAUGCUCUACCUGCUGGAUAUCUUCUCCAACAAUCAGAUUCAGCUCGAGUCCAGAGUCAAGGCCUGCGCCGUCCUGGGCAGAAUGGUCGUGGACAAGGUGCACGGACCCAAGGUAUCGCUGCUAUUGAGCAAGUUCAUGCCACCGGUGUUCACAUCGACUAUGGGCGAGGACCCACAGCAGACCGUAAUGGUGUUUGACGCCGACCACGAGAACCCCGAGCUCAUCUGGAACAACAACACCAGAGCACAGUUCCGCGACGUGAUCCAGAACCUCGAGAAGCAGUACUUCAGUCUGCUGGUCAGCACUGGCACGUUCAACAACCAAUGGAAGAUCUCAGACGACUUCUCGAUCAGUUACGAGAUGGGCGAACAGGAGCUGUUCAUUGGAGGUGUAUACAUAACUCUGUUCCUCAAACAACCCGGAUGGUCGCUCCGCAACCCAAGGAAGUUCCUGCUAGAGGUGUUCGACCUGCUGAUCAAGCUGGCAGGCAGCGGCAAUGGCAACGACCCCAAGAUCCAGAGUCUGUCACUGGCCAUCAUCUCGCUGUUCCAGCAUCACAACGUCAUCUCUGAUCAGUUGCCCUCGACCGGAUACAUUGAGAAGAUCCUCCCACUUCUUGGCCAUCCAACAGCCCAGAUUCGUUCGUUAAUGAUCAACAUCAUCCACUCGAUGGGCGACAGCCAGGUGUGUGUGGACCAUCUGUCUAAGGUAGGCUCGCUCUGGAGCAACAUGUCUCGCAUCAUCACUCUGCCCAACGACAACCUGGCCCUGACAGCCGAGUGCAUUGGCAAGCUGCUCAAGCUGAACCGCUGUGAGAAGACAUGUCUCGUCGAGCAGGCCACCCGCAGCGACUUUAUCAACAGCUCACUCAAGCUUUUGGAGAGAGGCAAGGGCAUCUCGCCAGCCACCCAGGCCAUCGUUGUAAACUAUCUCAAGGUGUUCGAGGGAGAUAUGGUCCACGGACCAAUGAUCACCGCCAUUCUAGAAAAGUCAGACCUGUGGUCGUCGUACGCGCUGCAGAGCCACGACCUCUUUAUCACCGGUCCAGCAUCUGGUCCGGCUGGACUACUCACCGCUGGCACCAGUACCUCUGUUGGCCUGCUCACUGCCACCGCCUACAACUCAGCCAGUACCACUGGAAAGAGAGAUGAACCACCUCCUCUUUUGUAA